ACACCGGAUUAACCGUUACUGACGUCGUCACAACAUCCGCUCAUACAGGAGCCUGGCGGCGUUCUCCGUGUAAGAGAUGACGGUGUCAAGGUUACCACGGGCAACGCUUUCUCUCAAACAGUUUUUACAGAGACAGAAGAUUUUGGGGAUCUACAGAACCAUGCUGAGGACAAUACGCCAAGUACCAGACGAGGGAGACAGGAAGUACCUCAGAGACUGGGCAAGUGCCGAGUUCAAGAGGAAUAAGACCGCCACAGACCAGGAUGCCAUCCGUAUGAUGAUCACACAGGCUAACAACCAUCUAGAGGAGCUGCAGAAGUCUCUGGCGUUGGCCAGGAGUUGAAUACGUCAGCUGCUGUGGACUGAUGUGGAUCGUAGAGCUCCUCAUGGCAUUUGCAAGAAUCUACCGUGCCUGAACGAAAACAACCAAUCAGAGCCAAGAAAGAUGACGCUUUGGGACCCUGGGAAUGAGACUCUGCAAUCAACUUUCUACUAUCCAAUUAUCUUCAAGCUUCCAACACAAAGCAUCUUUUAAUCUUUCCCUGAGUUCCCUAAAAGUUGCCUCGAGCAGCUUUAAGUUAGCUCAUUUUAGCAGAAUGCAAGCUAACAGUAACUAACUUAAGAUGUGCCUAUAUGGCACCAUAUUCAAACUGGGGUUGUCUUUUCUAGCGUAGCACGUAGCAUACCAAAGUACAGGUGAAAAAGGGGGCAGGUCUUAAAGGUCAAUCACACAAUGUUUUUAUGUAUGUAAAGCCAGUUUGAGUGUUGCAUCACCUCUUACUGUCCACGUCAGUGGAUUGUAAACACUGUCACUAAGACACUGGAGUAAAGUACAGCUAACGUCCACUAGAGAACAACCACUCAGCCUGCAGAACCCUGGUGUGGACAGCAGAGCACAUUGGUCAUUCCAAAUCUAAUCUCACAUAGCUUGAUAGUGACGUGUGUUAGCAGUCAUCGUGUCUGUUUGUCCUCAACAUGCGCAGCUCGUCCUCCAGAUAAGUGAUCCUCUCGACCAGAGCGGCCCUGUCAGCCUGAGCCCUCUGAUUGGCCUGCCAGCGAGCCUCCUGCACCUUCCUCUCGUACCAGCGCUCCAUCUGCGUCGACACCGCCUCAAAGAAGUACUGGGUCACCUCCAGAGCGUGCAUGUUGUCCCUCUCCUGAGCAAAGGAGGGCUCACUGGGCUGGUCUCCAAAGACCUCUAGAGUCCUGACCCCUGUGGCCCCCCUGGACUUAGUCCUGCCCUGGGAAUGCUUCUUAUGGUGCUUCCCUCUGUCCCGCCCUCGCUCCCUGUCUCUGAGGCCAGCUUCAGUCCUGCUGCUGCAGCGGCGCUCUGUGGCCGGAGACAGGCUGCUGGCUCUGUGAUUCCUGCCCGCCCUCGCCCCGUGCUCCACAUCCUGCUGGUCCUGGUUCUUCUUCUGGGUGUCGAUGGAGAUGACCGAACGCUCCUUCGGCCUAACCACCUGAACUGAUGACAGCGGGCUCUUGGCUGCUGCAGGAGAGGUGACUUCUGUAGUCUGAGCCUUAUCACCAUCUGUUCAGUGUUCAACAGACAUUCAGUCAGAACCCAGUACAGUAUUCUCUCAUUCAGAUGGUUCUCUCUGCCAGCAAUGUUAUUCUAAAUAAACAGCUCAUGCACUGUUCUCUCAUACACCUGUGUUAACUAAAGAAGGAAGCCGCUCUUAGCAAUGUCAGCUAGAAUUGAUUUGGAAUGUAUGUUAAAUUAUAUUCAACUGAAAUAUUCUAUAAUAAAGUCAUUUGUUUAAGAAA